AUGACUGUUACUCUUCAUCAGCUUUUGAAGGCUUCGGUCCCAAGAAAAACACCAUGCAAAACAUUCCUUUCCUUAUUCAACCAAUUAGAUCAAAAAUCACCCAUAAGUGAGAACGAGUUCAUUUCCAACUUGGUGGAUAACCUAGAAGGGCUAAAGACAAAAACCAAGAUACUUUUGGAUUAUAGCUUGACUAUUGCAUUCUCUAGUGAAAAGCGGCUAACUGAGUUCUGGACUAACUUUAUUAAAUUGUCUUCCAGUUUGCAAACUCAGUACUUAAAGAAGGUAUCCGAAUACUUACCCCACGGUCCCACGCAUACAGUAAAGAAGGUGAGCAAGGAGUUGCUCAAGAGCUUUAUAAACGUUCAUUUAAUGAAGUAUACGAACACAAUUUUGGAUCGUAAAGAUGCUAGUGACAAGGAUGUCGUGAACCACUUAGUCAUGUUGUGGUGUUUGAUAAUUCAAAGAGAUAUCUACAUAGAACAGUUUGAUAACUUGGGAUCACAUAUCAUCCAUUCCUUGUACGAGAUGAAACAGGAGAGUCUCUUGAAAUAUUUCGUUAAAGUCCUGAAAAUCAGAGGAGACGAGGACUUUUCAAUUUCCGGAGAGGGAAUUGAGGCUACUUCUAGCAGUGUAGUCGGUCUCGAACGCGAGAUUGGAAAGGGUAGAGGAAUACAAACCAUCCUGAGAUUGUUCAACUCUCCCCAAUCUGUAAAGAACUACCCAAAACUAGUUCAGAUCAAGAAGUCCAUAUGGAUAUAUUCCAUAAUUUCGAAAUUUCUUUGCAUUUCCACAUCAGAUUUUGUUAAAACAUUUGAAUCCAAGUUCUUUUUGAAGAAUAAUCUUCAAGAAAAGAAAGGUUAUGCCUUAUUAACUUCAAUUAUUACUUCUUUGUUCGAAGGAAUCAUCCCAUCCACUUCUUCAUCUGCAUCAUACCCAUCUUAUGUAGUUGCUAAUUGGAAGAAUUUUAUUGUGACGAAGUUGGUCUCAAUUUGCAGAGAGGUAGAGCUAACUAAAUUAGAAAUUGAAGAAGUCAUCCAGACUGCUAUGAAACAACUCCCUACUUCCUACAGUGACUUACAAUUAAAACAGAACUUUGUGAAAUCGUGUAUAUUCAAUUCUGUAUUGGAUAUGUCGAGUUUUAAUAAGAUUUUCCCCAAUGAUCCUCCAACUGUUUCACUCAACAGUGAGUUGCACCAAUUUAAAAAUAAUACUAUUAAUGGUCUGAUCGCUGAUGAUUUUAGUAAAAAGUUGAUAGAUAUAAACUCAGAGUUCAUUUCCUUGGAAGAAUCGGGCUUGAUUCAAUAUGUUUCUCUGUUGUCCAAACAAUUUCAAUUUUGUCUUGCUAAGCAGAGAGAAUUGAAUACCAUCGUAAAUAAAUUGGUAGAUGAUUUUAUCAGGAACAAGAAUAAUGAGAAAUUGAAUCGAUUGUUACUACUGCUUUUGAAUGAACCAGCUACGCUAUCCAUGAUCUUCUUUGAAAAGGAUCCUGUCCCAUUUCUCUCUAAGCUUAUAAAGUAUAUUGAUCAGCUGGAAAUCGACCAACAAAUUAGAAAAACCAAUUCGUCAAACGAUGUUUCGGAUGGAAAUAGUGGAGUAUCAGAUGACUUCCAAGAAAUAUAUUCUCAAUUUGGUGUGAUAUUAUUGAGUAUUAUUCAAUUUAUAGAAUACUUUGAUAUCAACCUGCAUAACGAUUUAUUAUUGAUUAAGAAAUCGUUCACGAUGGACUAUUUAAACAAUUUCCAUUAUAGAUUAUGUGACCAAUUGACUCUGAAUUUGAAUAUGAAAUCUAUCGGUGGAGAAGACAUCGAAGAUGACCAAACUAUUAUUACCAAUUAUAACAGUCUUGUAGGAGAUUGGAUUAGGUCAUUAUUUGACGAGACUAAUGAAGAUGGAUUAUCUGACGAAUUGAUUAAACAGGUGAAUGUCAAGCAAUUGUACAAAAUAAUCCCAUUAAUUUACCAACAAGCAAUCAUUGCAUUCAAUUGUGGUAAAAUAGACAUAAAAACUUUGAACAAUGGCUUAGAUUAUUUAACUCAAUUACUUUUGAUUCCAUGUUCCUUAAGUAUUAUUAACUGGCUUUUAAGGUAUAUAAUAGUAGGUAAUGGAAAAUUGGUCCAGGUGUUGCAUACAAUCAUCAAGUCGAGUAUGAAGGGCGGAUCUACUAAAAACAAUGAAGAAGGCGUUGCAGGCGAUGAUAAUAAUGGUAAUAGUGAAAUAAGCGAUCAGGUUUUAGUAUUCAAAUUGGUCCUUAAUAGCUGUAGCAAGGAUAUAUUAGCUACAUUAAGUCAAAUAGCCAAGACACCGGAGUCUGAAGAAAUUAUUUCCAUUAUUGAAGCCAACAUUGACCAGGCUUUUAUUACUCCUAGUCAACUGACCAAGAUAGCUAACGAAAGAAUUAUUAAAAGUAAUCCAAUUGUUUCAUUCAGAACAUAUUUGCGUGAAUUGAUAGAAGCCCCAAUCAAUUCUCCGGUAAUACUAAAUCAAUGGUUGUUUGAAUAUAUUUUACAAUUUGAACAAAAUGCGCUAAUGUCCUUUCUUUACGAUGAGAUACAUAUGAACUACAAUCGCGCUAACAGUGAAGAAUCAAUAUUAUUAUUUAAUAUCAUAAUUUUCAUGUUAAACGAUAAGUACAUCCUAAAUGAGGAAGAUAAGAAAUUUUGGGAACGCAAGAUUAAGGUUGCACAUCAUGCAACUUCUACGAUCGGAAAGUUUAAUAAAAACGAUAACAAAGAAAAUAAUGAAAACCGCAAUGAGGUGACAGAAAAACUGUUGCCUGAGCUGGAGCAGGUGGUCCCUGGCAAAAAGUCAUUUUCCACUACAAUGUCUUACCACUACUCCUCGAUAUUCAAUAUACCAGAGGAAGAUAAUUUGGAAGACGAUUUAUUCAACGAGCAUAUGAACUUUGAUGACAACUCAAACAUCACAAACCCUAGCGGGAGUGUAAUGAAUUCAAUCAUAUCUGUCAAGGAGACGAUGUUCAGAAAAACAAGUUUCUUGGCGGAACUUCUCAGAGUGAAAAAUCAAAUCGAUGACGAUUCCUUGAAUGUAUUCAUAGAAAGAAUCGUGGACUUUUAG